AUGUUUGACCUAGAUGGAGCUCUCGAGGGGGAAGAGACAUCACCAGAGGACACGCCAGCAGGAGCGGAGGCAGCGCGCUUCGUGGUGGGGUCCAAGAUAUGGGUGGCGCAUGAGAAGGCGGCGUUUGCUGCAGCUGAAGUCACGGCGGUGCAGGACAAUGGGGAGACCGUUGAGGCCAUUCUCGUGGAUCCCAAGGGGGACGACAAGGUGCUUAUCCCCGCGCGGGAGUGCUUUCCUAGAGAGGAGGACGAGGAGAAGGAUCCCAAGGAUGACAUGGUGAAGCUGGACCACCUGCACGAGCCGGGCGUGCUGCACAACCUCAAGCGGCGAUACGUGCGCAACGCAAUUUAUACGUACACAGGCACCAUUCUCAUCGCAGUCAACCCCUUCAUAUACCUGCCAGGCCUGUACCACCCACAGCUUAAGAGCCAGUACCGGAACGUACCACUGGGACAGCUCAGCCCACACGUAUUCGCCAUUGCAGACCAUGCCUACAGGUCCAUGAGGGAGGCGGGGCGCAGCCAGUCUGUUUUAAUCAGUGGGGAGAGUGGUGCCGGCAAGACAGAGACCACCAAGCUCGUAAUGGAGUACCUGGCGGGGGCAGGGGUGGCGGAUAAGGCUGCUGCUGCUGCUGCUGGGGCUGCAGGGGCCGUGGGCAUGGGGGGCGGGAGGAGAGGGAGGCGGGGAGGAGUGGAAGCAGUGGUGUCUGCUGAAUCGACUCAGUGUGUUGAGAGAGUGCUGCAGGUGAGUGGGGUGGGGUGGGUUUGGAGCGGGUGUGGGGUUGAGUGUUGGAGCAACCCCCCUCCCACCACAUCUCCCCUCUCCCCCUCAUGCCCCACUCCCUCAUCACCCCUUCCCUCCCAAUCCCCCUUUCCCCCCCCCUCCCCCAUCAUCCCCCAACCCCCUCUCAGUCGAACCAAGUCCAGAGAUUCGAACCAAGUCCUGGAGACGUUUGGGAACGCUAAGACAGUGCGCAAUAACAACUCGAGUCGCUUUGGCAAGUUCAUUGAGAUUCACUUUGAUAGCGAUGGCAGGGUGACAGGGGCAGCUAUUAGAUCGUACCUGCUGGAGCGGUCCAGAGUGGUGCAGAUCAAUAGCCCUGAGCGCUCCUACCAUUGUUUCUACCAGCUGCUCUAUGGGGCCACGCCCGAGGAAUCAGAAAAGUAUUCUCUGCCCACAGAGGGCGAGCGGGCAGCAGAUUUUUACUACUUGGCGCAGAGCGACUGCUACGAGCUGCCCGGAAAGAACAGCAACGCGAUGGAGUAUGAAUCCACUUGCUCUGCCAUGAACGUUAUGGGGUUCGACCCACGCGAGCAGGAGGGCAUAUUCGCAGUGGUGGCAGCCAUUAUGCAUCUGGGAAACGUGGACUUCAUGCAGCCAGAGAGCAUGGACGGGACAGGGGAGCUGCCCCCUCUGGUGGCAAAGAACGACAAGGCAGAGGCUGCAGUCAAGACCGUGGCUCGCCUGCUAGAGUGCGAUGAGGUGGCUCUUUGGGACUCCCUCGUCUCUCAGACGCGCAAGUUCGGGCGAGAGGUGAUCAGGAGCCCACUGGACCCCAAGAAGGCGGUCGUGAAAAGAGACACCCUUGCCAAGUUCCUCUACUCGCGCCUCUUCGACUGGAGCCCGCUGGACCCCAAGAAGGCGGUUGUGAAGAGAGACACCCUUGCCAAGUUCCUCUACUCGCGCCUCUUCGACUGGUGGGUGCUUCUACCCCCUCUCCCCCUCUCCCGCUCUCCCCCUCUUUCCCCUCCCCCUCUCCCACUCUCCCCCUCUUCCCCCCCCUUUUCCUCUAUCAAGAGAGACACCCUCGCCAAGUUCCUCUACUCGCGCCUCUUUGACUGGUGGGUGCCCUCUCCUUUCUCCCCCGUUCUUCUAUUGCUGGGCUGCCUCCCCUCUUUCCUCUCUUACCCCUCCCCCAAUUCUGCAUCUCCCCUCCUGCCAUUCUCCUGCUUUUCGUUUACUGGUGUGCCGCCUCUCCACCCCCUCUUUUUCCUCUUCACCACCUGCCACCUUCCUUCUCUAAUCCACUGCUGA